UUUAUGUCAUUUUUAAUUAGACUAUAUGAUCAUUUUUUUUUUAGAUCAAUACAGACAUUUCUCAAUUAAAUCAAAUUUUAUAUAUAUUUUUUGAAAAAUGUCCACCGAUCAUCGACGCGAGUGGUUAAAAAGACGCGUGACUAAGUUGCUAGGUUUAAAAUCUGAAAAGUAUUUUGAAAAUAUGAUGGUUAGCAGUGAGGACUUAGAAAAUAAGCUUGCAUCAUUUCUGGACGACAACUUUUGGCAGUCAAAUGAGAGCCUAGACAGAUUAUUUUAUGUAUGGAAAGCCUCUUUCGAAUAUGUAGUUGACGAGAAGAUCAUGGUUCCAGAACUAGUGGUUGUUCCAAAGGAGGAGGUGGCGGAGGACACAGUGGCAUUAAAAAAGGACAAAAGUAAAAAAGGAAAAUUAGGAAAAGGAGGGAAAAAAGGGAAGGCAUCUUCAAUGGCGGUGGUUAAGGAUCCAGUUGUUCCAGAACCUAUUGAAGAAGGUGAAACUGUAGAACCAGAAGUUGAAGACGGGUCAGAAGGUAUUAGCCACACUCAGGCUUCGACUUUGCCGACGGUCGAUGUAACUGAAGUUGAAAUGACUUCUGAAGAAGAGAUGAACGUCCCUGUGCAAGAACCAAAAAAAGGCGACAAAAAAAAGAACAAGAAAGACAAAAAAGAUAAAAAAAAGGACAAGAGGAAAAAAUCCGAGGCACAAGUGGUAGAACCUGAACCGGAACCACAAUAUAUUAUGGUGCCCAAAGUAAUUCAAAAGCUGGUUAAGGAUUACACCUUGUAUGGCAGCAUUGGCAUAAUAAAAGAAAGUAUUCGGGUGACGGACAGCAGAUUUUUAUACUUUUUUAGAAAAACAGAAGAAGCUGUACCUAUUUUGGAAACUUCAGAAGAAGCAGAACUAGAAAUGCCCAAAUACUUUCUCAUUGGAAUUACUGAAGGAAAUAUGUUGAAAUCGGUGUCUUUUUUGAAUAAAGAGGUAUUUUUAUCCUGUUUAACUGAACAUAUUAUGGAAGUUUCUCCGGAAGUUUCAAGAAAAUCCAGUCAUGAGUCAAAUCGAUCAGUAAAAUCUCUUGCCAAAUUGAGCAUUAAUUACGAUUAUCAAGAAGAAAACUUGAUAUCUGUAACCAGAACUGAGAGUGUUGUCGAUAAAUUAAAAUCGAAUAUUAAAGAUGAUCUCCUUUCUGAAGUAAAUGGAUUAGUCAAUACUGUACAAUGGGUUAGAGACCAUAUUAUAUCCAAAAAAACCGUUGAAUUAAGUGAUGUACCAGUGGAGUUAAGAUUUGGAUUUACAGAUGAGCAAAUAUUUAAUUCGCCGAAAGUUAUUGCUUCUCUUGAGCACUAUAUUGAAGGACUGCACAAAAGUAUUCAUAAAUCAGUCGAAGCUAAUUUAGCAAAGCCUCCUGUUGGGCAACAUCCUACUGCAGAAUUUGUAUAUUGGCACGACAGAGAAGUGAGUUUUAGUAGUGUAUUGGAGCAGUUAAAGAAACCACACGUGGUGAGAAUGAUGAGCAUACUCGAGAAAGUUGAUUCUCCCAUUGCCGAGAAUUUAAACGUUUUCACAGAAGAUUUAAACAAAAUGUAUUCGCAAGCUAUCGACAACGUCAAAUUCCUAUCCACUAUCCGUAGACAUUUUAAGACGGUAACUUACAGUCAUGAUUUUAAAAAAAUAUCAAAGUGCAUUCCCCAGUUAAUUGAAGGUGUGAGACGAAUGUGGAUCUUAUCAAGAUAUUAUUGCGUUGACGAAACUGUUGUGCCCUUAAUGGAAAGAAUAGCAUGGUCUCUUUCUCAUUGUGUCAAAGAAAUGCUUCCAGUUGAUAAAUUAUUCAGACGUCCAGAAAGCGAAAUUUUCGAUUUAACUUCUGAUGCUCGAAAUAUGUUAUUAACGUGGAAAGACUCGUAUAUGCAAACACGUCAGGCCAUUGAAGAUUCUGGUAAAGGACAAAGAUGGGAAUUUGACAAAAAGCGACUAUUUCUGAACACAGAUUACAUCGCAAAUGUGUGCAAAGAGUUGUUUGAUGUAUCCGUUAUAUUAAAACAAUUCAAUAACAUAUUUGGAAUGGAUUUGAAAAGAAUAAUAAGUGAUCCUCAACAAAUAGACAAUAUUGGAAAAAGGGUUGAAAGACUGGUUUAUGCUAUUGAAAAUGUUGACUUCGAUAUAUUUAACCCCAACUUAAAAGAGAAUUUUGAGGCAAUGAUGGAAAUAUUUCAUAAAGAAGUAAAAAAAUUAGAUAAUGAGGGUGUUGGAUUUAUUAGUCAAAGUUUCAAAAUGAUAUACUCAUCGGAAAACGCACUUAAUUUCUUACUAAAAUUUAAACACGUCGACACCAGACCAGUUAUAUGGGAGACCUUAAUGACGAAGUUUGAUGUAAUUUUUGAUCAGUUCAUGAAAGAGAUUGUAGGGACUGACGACCAUUUUCAGAAAAAUAGACGUCAUCCAGUUCUUCCCUGCGAUAUCCCUCUUCAUGCUGGUGCAAUUUAUUGGUCUAGAUUGCUUUUCCAACGAUUGAAGACAACAGUGCUUAAAUUCCAAAAAGUACCUGAGCUCAUGCAAUCUGAUUUACGGGAUUCAACAUUUUCUGAGUACUUGAAACUAGCUAAAGAACUGAAGUCAUAUGAAAAACAAAAACUAAGAGAUUGGUACGAUAUGGCCAUACCACUUCUGGAAACUGCUACUUCAAAGAUGAUACUAAAACUUACCGCCGUACACGACGAUAAGCUGAUUGAAAAGGCGAAGAUUCCACUUAUCAGCAGCCAAGAAAAAGACGGAUCAACACAAAGUUUAGUUCCUGGAAAGUCAAGUGUUGGCAAAGCAAAUAAAAUCAUGGGUGCUAAACCUAGCAAAACUGCAAGUCAAAUCAUGGAAAAGGUAGCAACUCAACAUGGAUUGACUUGGUUUGCAAUCAUUGGUGGUGACCAUAUUUUACAUGAAUACGGUAUGGUGUUUGAUAUAAAUAUAGUGGAGAAUUUUGAUUCCUUGAUACGAGGCGGAGAGUUCUUAGAUCACAUGAGCAUGGAAUUGCCAGAACCAAUUAGGAUUAUUUUAGUUAGAAAGGAAGCACUGAAAAUGAAUCAGCGGUUGGUUAAAAAUAUGGUGGAAACUUUCGCCAGUAUCAUUGACAAGAUGACAGUUCCCCAGAUUUUGAAAAAUGAAAUUAAAGAAGUUGAGUUACAUAUUCAACCUGGAUUGACUAGAGUCAGUUGGGCUUCUUUGGGGAUAGAAGAUUAUGUUAAAAGUUGUAACAGAUUAAUCACACGAUUGGACAGUCUCUAUUCACAAGUCCUACAUAAGGAAAACACGUUAAAUUUAAGGAUAUUACAAAUAAGCAAUGCAAAUUUGUUUUAUUUUAAAAGUAUGAAGAAAGAACCAAAUAGAUUGUCAUGCAAAGAUUUUUUUACUGAGAUGUAUAAUAAACGAACAGAAAAGGUCAAUAAAAUAUUGGAAAACUACGAACUAAUUGGACCUAUUUUGGUAAAAAUGGAGUAUUUCAUUUUAAAUACCAAUACGGGAAAGUCGCCUAAGAUGGUACCUCAGUAUCAGCACUGGGAAAAAGAAAUUUAUAAAGCUUUUAUUAACCUAUCUCUGAGGAAUCUGGAAGUAUUCAAUAACAAAAUGGAAAGUGGAUGUUUAAUGUUUGUGGUGGAUGCGGUUGUUAUUAUUCCGGAAAUAUUUCUAAGGCCAACUCUCAUGGAAAUAUUUAAUUUAUUCAUCAAGAGUAUUAAAGAUUUCAUUGAAAGGUUUAGGACGUUUCCCCGCUGGAUGGAUAAAACAUGUAUAGUAUGCAAACCUAUCAAACUGCCAUCCAAUACGGAAUACUUACAUUCAUUUUAUGAAGAUGUCGUCAAAGUUAAUGAUUUAUAUGAAAUGCAGAGCAAAGUCCAGGAAACAGCGUACAAAUCUAUUUCUGAUGUUCAAAAACAAAUACGCAGAUGGAAACGUUAUCGAAGUUUGUGGACUUUUGAUCGAGUAGCAGCAUGUGAGCAAUUUAUCGAGCAAAACACUCUUCUCAUACAAUUUGACGAACGAUUUAUGUUUUAUAACAACAUAAUCGAUGACACCAGGAAGUGCAAGAGAAUGAUUGACAUUGGAUGCAUUCGUUUAAAUUUAACGCCUCUCCUUUUGACCAUUGAAGAGUAUGCUCUUAAAUGGAAGAACACGUUGGGAGAAAUGCUAGACAAGUCAACGAAAGAAGAAAUGGAUAAAAUGUAUAAAAAUAUUAAUGAACUGCGAUCGGUGGUCAAGUUGAGCAUUAAAGGAUUGGACCGGUUCAGAGCUAUAAUGCACGCCAUCACUACAAUCCAAAAAGGCAACGUGGACGCAGAGUUAGCUUAUACGAAAUUUCAGGAAAUAUAUUCAAAUUUGAGACAACACAGCAUAGAUUUUGAUCCCGAACACGAAGAACUAGCUAAAACACUCGAAAAAAUGUGGCGAAGCCUCCAUCUUAGUGCUAUUUACCGAGAACAAACUUUAGAAGCUACCAAGGAACGGUUCGCUAUGUUAACUCUUAGCGAGAUCAACGAUUUUCUGGAUGUAUUGACAGAUUUUGUGGAGAAAUUUUAUUCAGAAGGACCAGGAUCUGUUAGAGAUAAUUUAGACGUUGGCUGCGAACUUAUGGAGAAAUAUGAACCUCUGAUACAACAAAUGGAUAAUCGAAGAAUAGAGUUGGUUGCUGCAGAAUCAUUGUUUGAUAUACCUUUGGCUGACUAUAGUAGUUUCCUAAAAAUUAAGGAGGAAUAUUCUGGAAUGGAAGUUGUUUUUAAACUCUAUAAAGCACAAAAAUAUGCAAGAGAAUUAUGGGGUAAAACAUUAUGGGCUAACUUAGAUCCACAAGCUUUAGUAGACGGUAUUGAUAGUUACAUGAAAGAAUUUAGAAAAUUCAGCAAACAAGUUAAAAGUCUUCAAGUUGCCAUAUCACUGGAGUUAAAAAUGAAACAGUUCAAAAACGCAAUUCCCUUAAUGGUGGCCUUAAAAAAUGAAGCUUUACGGGAGAGACACUGGAAACAACUGAUGAAUAGGACAGGCGUAGAAUUCGACAUGAGCCCAGAAAGAUUUACGCUAGACAACAUGUUCGCCAUGGAACUUGACAGAUUUCAAGAAAUAGCCGAAGAAAUAAUCAACAACGCUAUUAAAGAAUUAGCUAUUGAAAAAGGUGUCAAAGACAUAGCAGAGGUGUGGGCUAAUCUAAACUUUAUAGUAAUUAAGCACAUGAAGGGAACAGAAGAUCGUGGUUUUAUUUUGGGACCAACGGAUGAAAUUAUGCAAGUGUUGGAUGAUAAUUCUAUGACCUUGCAGAGCAUGGCUGGAUCUCAAUUUGUAGGACCCUUCCUAGGUGAAGUACAAAAGUGGGAGAAAAACCUUGCGACUGUUGGUGAAGUGAUUGAUGAAUGGCUUUCCGUACAGCGGAAGUGGCUUUAUUUAGAGGGAAUAUUUGUUGGAGGGGAUAUUAGAUCACAAUUACCUGAGGAAGCUAAAAGAUUUGAUGACUUUGAUAAAACAUUUAAGAAGGUUAUGGUUGAUACAGCCAAACGUCUGAAUGUUUUAGACUGUUGUUUAGUAAAUGGCAGAUUUGAAGAGUUCAAUUUUCUAAGCAACGGAUUAGAUAGAUGCCAAAAAUCACUUAAUGAUUAUCUAGACUCAAAACGACGUCGUUUUCCAAGGUUUUAUUUCAUUUCCACCGAAGAAUUGUUAUCAAUUUUAGGUAGUUCAGAUCCCCAAGUUGUCCAGGAACAUAUGAUAAAAAUGUUUGACAAUAUUAAAUCCCUACAAUUUGAAAAAGAUAAUCAAGACAGAUUAAUAGUAACCGCAAUGAUUUCUGGUGAAAGAGAAAUAAUGGAUUUUGGGGACCCAGUAUAUAUUGUAGGAAAAAUUGAAGAAUGGAUGAAUGAUGUUCAGGAUGAGAUGCGCAAAUCUAAUCGCUUUAUAACUAAAAAAGCGAUAUAUUAUUAUGGAAAAAUUCGUAGGCCUAGAACGGAAUGGAUGCUGGAGUACCAAGGAAUGGUGUGUCUUUCUGGAAGUGUUGUUUGGUGGACUGCUGAAGUCGAGAAUGUUUUUGAUAAGUUUAAAAAGGGCAACAAACGGGCAAUGAAAGAAUACUUGGAACAAUUGAACAGACAAUUGGAUGAGAUUGUAAUAACAGUACGAGCAGAUCUUACAGCUAAUGACAGAACAAAAUUUAGGACUAUUGCUAUAAUCGAGGUGCACGCAAGAGAUAUAAUUGAAACAUUUGUAAGGGACAGUGUAACUGAUAUUACUGAAUUUGAAUGGGAAAGUCAGUUACGGUUUUACUGGAUAAACCAUCUGGAUAAUUUGUGGGUGGCUCAAUGUACAGGCACUUUUGAAUACGGAUAUGAAUAUAUGGGAUUGAAUGGAAGGCUCGUAAUCACUCCAUUAACAGAUCGCAUAUACCUUACCGUAACUCAAGCCUUGACAAUGAAAAUGGGUGGCGCCCCUGCAGGACCAGCAGGAACAGGAAAAACCGAGACAGUCAAGGAUUUAGCCAAGGCUUUAGCCCUUUUAUGUAUUGUCACAAAUUGUGGAGAAGGAAUGGAUUUUAAAGCUAUAGGUACAACUUUAGCAGGACUUGCACAGUGUGGUGCAUGGGGAUGCUUCGAUGAAUUUAACCGAAUCGAUAUUUCUGUAUUAUCUGUUAUAUCGACACAAUUACAAACUAUCAGAACUGCUCUAAUGAUGAAACUUAAGAGAUUCACUUUUGAGGGUGUCGAAAUUAGCUUGGAUUCUAAAGUUGGUAUAUUUAUUACGAUGAACCCUGGUUAUGCUGGAAGAACUGAGUUGCCUGAAUCAGUGAAAGCUCUGUUUAGACCUGUGGUUUGCAUUGUUCCAGACCUAGAAAUGAUUUGUCUUAUUUCUUUAUUUUCUGAUGGCUUUUUAGAAGCCAAAGUUUUAGCUAAAAAGAUGACAGUGCUUUAUAAGCUUGCAAGAGAACAAUUAUCUAAACAAUCUCACUACGAUUGGGGUUUGAGAGCAUUAAAUGCUGUAUUAAGAAUGGCUGGUGUCCUCAAAAGAGCUUCUCCUGACAUUGAAGAAUCACUAGUAUUGAUGAGAGCUUUAAGAGAUAUGAAUCAUCCUAAAUUUGUGUUUGAAGAUGUUCCGUUAUUCUUAGGUCUUAUUAGAGAUCUAUUCCCCGGUAUGGACUGCCCUAGAGUGGGAUAUCCGGAAUUUAAUGCAGCUGUGGAAAAAGCAUUGGAAGAAAAUAAAUAUAUUAUCCUACCGUACCAAGUGGACAAAGUAGUGCAAAUGUAUGAAACUAUGAUGACUAGGCAUAGUACAAUGUUAGUGGGCCCUACAGGAGGGGGUAAAACUGUAGUACUAAAUAUUCUCUGUAGAGCUCAAACGUUAAUGGGAUUACCAACAAGGACAACAACUUUAAAUCCCAAAGCUUGUUCCGUCAUAGAACUUUAUGGUAUUUUAGAUCCUGCUACCCGAGAUUGGACUGAUGGUCUUCUAUCUAAUAUAUUUAGGGAAAUGAACAAACCGACGGAAAAAGCUGAACGAAGAUAUAUAGUCUUCGAUGGAGAUGUAGACGCUCUUUGGAUUGAGAAUAUGAAUUCUGUUAUGGAUGACAACAAAUUAUUGACUCUUGCAAACGGUGAACGAAUUCGAUUACAGACACCUGUUUGCGCUUUGUUAUUUGAAGUUGGUAACUUGAUAUAUGCAUCACCAGCUACUGUUUCUAGAGCUGGUAUGGUGUAUGUUGAUCCAAAGAACUUAGGUUUUCAACCUUAUUGGGAUCGCUGGGUACUCAAUAGGAAAUAUCCUCCAGAUCAAAAUUAUUUGAUUGAAAUAUUUGAGAAAAUCAUGCCAGAUCUCAUGGCUUAUGUUCUUGAAGGUACUUUAAGCAAUAAGCAGGUAGAACCCUUGAAAACAGUAAUACCUCAGACGGGUCUUAACAUGAUUACUCAGUUAUGUAAUAUGAUCGAUGCGAUUUAUCCAGAACCAGUGGAAGAUAUGAGAGAUCCUGAAGACGAACCAGAUGAGUAUUUAUUACAAGCGAUAUUUGUGACGUGCGUUUAUAACUCAGUAGGAGCAUCUUUAGUAGACAGAUGUCGAUUUGAAUUUGACGAAUAUAUGAAGUCACAACUUUCCAUGCUAAAGUUUGAAGAUAGUAGGGAACGAAUGUGCGAAAUCAAAUGUAUUCCGUCUUGUUUCCCGACAUUUUAUGAUUACUUUUUGGAUAUUAAACAAAGAUUAUGGGUUGCUUGGGAAUGGCUAGUACCUGAAUACACGCAUUCCUUUGACAAAAGGUUUUCAGAAAUUUUAGUGCCGACAAUAGACACAGUUAGGACUACAUAUUUAUUAAAACUAAUGAACAAAAUAAGGAGGCCAAUUGUUCUGGUUGGUGACACCGGAACAUCUAAAACUGCAAUUAUUCAAGACUUUUUAAGAAACUUAAAUCCAGACAUUUAUAUAAUAUUAAAUAUAAACUUUUCUUCAAGAACAACAUCAAUGGAUGUACAAAUAAAUUUGGAAUCAUCUGUAGAAAAAAGAACUAAAGAAAUCUUUGGUCCACCUAUGGGCAAAAAGCUUCUUUGUUUCAUAGAUGACAUGAAUAUGCCCCAGGUAGAUAGCUAUGGCACUCAACAACCAAUUGCUUUACUAAAACUACUCUUCGAGAAAGGUGGAUUCUUCGAUCGAGGGAAAGAUUUGAAUUUCAAAUACCUAAAGGACAUUUCGUAUUUCUCUGCAAUGGGUAUUGCUGGUGGAGGGCGAAAUGAGGUUGAUCCAAGAUUUAUUUCUAUGUUCACUGUUGUGAAUUUAGUAUUUCCAACUACAAAUACUUUAAAUCACAUUUAUACAUCCAUAUUAAGUGGUCACUUGUCAAAAUUCGAAACCGUAGUUCAAGUUGCUCCAAAACUAAUAAAGCUAACACUGAAUCUCUACAACAUUAUUGUAGCACAAUUACCUCCCACUCCAAGUAAAUUUCAUUAUAUUUUCAAUAUGCGUGAUCUAUCCAGAAUUGUGUCAGGACUGUGUUUCACCACUCCUAAAUUCUUCACCACCUUGCCCCAAAUUGUACGAGUAUGGAGAAAUGAAUUUACGCGAGUGAUUUGUGACAGACUGAAUAAUGAAGAAGAUCAAGAUUUCUUAACAAAAAAUAUAAUAAUGCAAUUACAAGACUUCUUUCCUUUGAGACCAAAGCAGAUCGCCAAAGCUGUAGAAGAUGAGGAUUUUGUGUUUGAUGAAAACGCCGUGGCGGAACAAGAAGAGGAAGAAGUCGAUAUUCCAGAAUAUACAAUGCGAGAUCCGAUCUUGUUUGGUGAUUUUAGGAAUGCAACAAAUGAAAAUGAAACUAGGGAAUAUGAAGAUUUAUUAGAUUAUCCAGCUGUCUACUUUUUGUUCCAAGAAAUCAUAGAGGAAUACAACGAACGUCAAGAAAAGUUGAGCAUUGUAUUGUUUGACGAUGCUUUGGAACAUUUGACUAGGAUUCAUAGAGUGUUAAGAUUACAAAAAGGUCAUGUUAUGUUGGUUGGUGUAGGUGGAAGUGGAAAGUUGAGUUUAACGAGGCUAGCAGCAUAUACAGCCGAAUGUGAAAUUUUUACAAUUGUAUUAUCAAGAGGAUACAAUGAGACUAUGUUAAAAGAAGACUUGAAAAAAUUGUACAAUCAACUAGGAGUUGAAUGUAAGAAAACAGUAUUCUUUUUCACUGCUGCUCAAGUAAUUGAAGAAGGUUUCUUGGAAUUCAUUAACAAUAUCCUGAUGAUUGGAUAUGUACCAUCUCUUUUCACGGACGAGGACAAAGAGUCAAUUAUUGGUACUUGCAGAUCCAAAGCUGUGGCCAGUGGAUAUGGUGUUUCCAAAGAUAAUGUGUGGCAGUAUUUUAUUAACCAGUGUGUAGAUAACUUGCACGUUGUUUUAUCUAUGAGUCCUUCCGGUGACAUAUUAAGUAAACGAUGUAGAAAUUUUCCGGGACUUGUCAACUGUACCACCAUUGACUGGAUAUUUCCAUGGCCCCAACAAGCUUUGGUAGCUGUAGCAUCUGUGUACCUAAAAGAAAACACAAAAAUUCCUGAAGAAUUUAGAGAGUCUAUUAUAGAACAUGUCGUACAUGUUCAUCAGUCUAUUAUGGAAUACACAUCUGAUUUUCUUCUAAAGCUUCGCAGAAAAAAUUACGUAACUCCUAAACAUUAUUUGGACUUUUUGGUCACAUAUUUACGUUUAUUAGAAGAGAAAAAUAUCUUUAUCGAUCAGCAAUGUCAACGAUUAAUAAGUGGUUUGGACAAAAUCAAAGAAGCAAGUGCGGAACUUGCAAUUCUAAAUCAACAACUAGCAAAACAAAAAGUACGAGUGGCAAAAGCAACAGCAGAAUGUGAAGCUCUACUCAUUGAUAUCGACAAAGGUACAAAGAUUGCUUUAGAUAAAAAAAAUGUGGCAACGGUUAAAAGUGUGGAAAUUGAAGAACAAGCCAGAGUUAUAUCAAUUGAACAAGGUGAAGCUGAAGAAGCUUUAUCAGCUGCUUUGCCUGCUUUGGAAGUAGCCCGACUUGCUCUUUCCGACUUAGAUAAAUCAGAUAUUACAGAAAUUAGAUCAUUCGCUACCCCGCCCGAGCCUGUACAAACUAUUUGCGAAUGUAUAGUCAUUUUCAAAGGAAUUAAAGAGGUUUCUUGGAAAAGUGCCAAAGGUAUGAUGGCCGACACAAAUUUUUUACGUUCACUACAAGAAAUGAAUUGUGAUCUUAUAACUCAAUCACAAGUGAAAGCGGUUAAAAAUCACAUGGCAAAAUCGAAGAAACUUGAUGACAUGGCUACUAUCAGCAAAGCUGGAUACGGUCUUUUGAAAUUCGUACAAGCAGUUUUGGGUUAUUGUGCGGUAUUUCGAGAAGUCAAACCGAAAAAGGAUAAAGUAGAAGCACUUCAAAAAGAAUACAAUGCUGCAAAUAGAAGUUUACAAAUUCUGUACAAUGAAAUUGCAAAAUUGGAAGCGGCAUUGCAGGAACUUAACGAGAAGUAUGAGGCUGCAAUGAAGCGUAGACAAGAAUUGCAAGAAGAAGAAGAUCUAAUGAUGAAGAGAUUGAUUGCUGCAGAUAAAUUAAUAUCUGGCUUAGGCUCCGAACGUGACAGAUGGACAGAAGAUUUAAAGAACCUCAACACCGAUAAAAAACUAUUGAUUGGAAAUUGUUUGUUGUCCGCUGCUUAUUUGGCGUACUGUGGUCCAUUCACUUAUGAAUACAGGCGAGAUAUGAUUUAUAUUGAUUGGUAUAAUGACAUUAAAUCUAAAGGUAUACCACAAAGUGAGAUUUAUAGAAUUGAGGGACAGUUAUCAACAGAUGUGGAAAUCAGCAAAUGGAAUUCUGAGAGUCUACCAGGAGACGAACUUUCAGUCCAAAAUGGAAUACUAACUCUUAAAUCAUCAAGGUUUCCUUUAUGUAUUGACCCACAAAUGCAAGCAAUUAAUUGGAUUAAGAAAAAAGAGGAAAGAAAUAAUUUGAAAAUACUAAGUUUUAAUGACUCAGAUUUUUUGAAAUAUUUAGAUAUGGCAAUCAAAUAUGGAUCACCAAUCUUAUUUCAAGAUGUAGAUGACUAUAUUGAUCCUGUUGCACAAAAUGUAACACAGAAAAAUGUAAAAGUACAAAGUGGUCGCACUUUUGUAUUGCUUGGUGAUAAAGAAGUAGAUUGGGACCCGAAUUUUAGAUUGUAUAUGACAACAAAAUUGUCUAAUCCAAUAUUCAAUCCAGCCGUAUAUGCAAUAGCAUCUGUAAUCAACUACACCGUGACAUUAUCAGGGUUAGAAGAUCAAUUACUUGGAGUUGUUGUAAGAAAUGAAAGGCCAGAUUUAGAAGAACAAAGAGAAUCUUUAAUAGCCGAAACUUUCGAAAACAAAAAUUUGUUAUCCCAACUGGAAGACAGUUUGUUAAGAGAAUUGUCAACAACUACUGGCAAUAUGUUAGAUAAUGUGGAACUGGUAUCUACUUUGGAGAAUACGAAAGGAAAAGCCCAUGAAGUUACAGAAAAAUUAAAACUUGCAGCUAACACAGCGAUUGAUAUUGAUAGAUUACGAGAUGGUUAUCGUUCAGUAGCCAAACGUGGAGCCAUCCUCUUUUUUGUACUGUCAGAUAUGGCUGGCGUCAGCCCAAUGUAUCAGUAUUCUUUAAGUUCUUACUUGCAAGUAUUUGCGUAUUCCUUGAGAAAAGCUCUGCCCCACACUCUUUUGAAAAGGCGACUGGCCAAUAUUAUUUUUACAUUAACCAGAAAUGUUUACGACUACGGAUGCACCGGUAUAUUCGAAAAGCACAAGUUGUUGUACUCAUUCCAAAUGACUGUCAAAUUGGAACAACAUGCGGGAAAUGUGUCUCAGCAAGAAGUCGACUUCUUCAUUAAAGGUUGUGUAAGCAUGGAGGCUGCUGCCACUGAAUGUCCAGUCGGUUUUAUUAACCCGCAAAGCUGGGCGGAUAUUUUAAAAUUGUCUAGUGAUUUUCCUGAUGAGUUUUUUCAACUUCCUAUGGAGAUAGGGAAAGCUCCGGAAAUUUGGCAAAACUGGUAUGACUUGGACGCACCAGAAGCACACAAUUUCCCAUUUGACUAUAAGCAAAAAAUUAGACCGUUUCAAAAAUUAAUGUUCUUGCGAUGCUUUAGAGUAGACCGAGUUUAUAGAGCUAUUGGAGAUUAUAUCACUGAGAUCAUGGGAGAAGAGUACAUAAUGCCACCUGUUAUUAGUUUGGACCAUAUUUAUGAACAAAGCAGUCCCAGUACACCAGUCGUAUUUAUUUUGAGUCCCGGUUCUGAUCCAACUGCGGAAUUAAUGAAAUUAGCCGACAGGUCAGGUUUCGGUGAAGGUAAAUUUAAAUAUUUAUCGUUGGGACAAGGUCAAGAACAUACAGCGUUGGGACUUCUGGAAAGAGCAGUUGGAAGAGGACAAUGGCUAAUGUAUCAGAAUUGCCACUUGCUGUUGGCCUUUAUCAAACAACUAGAGAAGCAGUUGGAAAAAAUUGGUACACCACAUCCCGAUUUUCGCCUAUGGCUUACCACUGAUCCCGUUGCUACUUUUCCAAUUGGCGUCCUUCAGCGCUCACUGAAAGUCGUCAUAGAACCUCCGAACGGAUUGAAAUUAAAUUUACGUAACACAUACUUUAAAAUGCCUUUGAAACUAUUAGAUUCUUGCAAACAUCCUGCCUUCAAGUCGCUAAUAUUUGUCUUGGCUUUCUUCCACGCUGUUGUUCAGGAACGAAGAAAAUACGAUAAAAUUGGAUGGAAUAUAUCUUAUGAUUUUAACGAGUCUGAUUUUAAUGUAUGUGUUAACAUUCUGGACACAUACCUGACCAAGGCAUAUAAAAGCAAAGACACUCGUAUACCGUGGAACAGCCUCAAGUAUUUAAUUGGAGAAGUUAUGUAUGGUGGAAGAGUGAUCGACGAUUUUGACAGAAGAAUUGUGAAAAUUUAUAUGGAUGAGUAUAUGGGAGAUUUCCUGUUUGACACGUUCCAACCGUUCCACUUUUACCAUGACAAAACUGUUGAUUAUAUAAUUCCACCAAAUGGAAUAAAGGAUGAUUAUAUUGCUGCAAUUGAAGAAUUGCCUUUAACUAACAGCCCGGAGGUGUUUGGUCUUCACGCAAAUGCUGAAAUAGGCUACUAUACACAAGCAGUUAAAGAUAUGUGGAAUAUUUUGAUUGAAUUGCAACCUCAAACAUCUGCAUCAACUGAAGGCAUUAGUAGAGAAAAAUUCAUUGAUAAUGUGGCUGUAGAUAUUAUCAAAAAGAUUCCAGAGCCGUACGACAUCUGGCAAAAACGUAGAUACUUCCAAAGGUCAAUGACCCCAACAAUUGUGGUACUUCUUCAAGAACUCGAGAGAUUCAAUAAAUUAAUAGUUACGAUGAAGAAAACAUUAAAGAAUUUACAAAAAGCUCUUGCUGGAGAAAUUGGUAUGGACAGUAUUCUCGAUAACGUAGCAUAUUCGUUAUUCAAUGGACAGCUGCCAGCUUCUUGGAGAAGUUUAGCACCAGCCACAUGUAAAUCUCUUGGAAGUUGGAUGACUCAUUUUGAAUCCAGACAAUCACAAUAUUUCACAUGGUCAUCCACAGGUGAACCUACCGUGUUAUGGUUGUCAGGAUUACACAUUCCCGAAACUUACUUGGCUGCACUGGUACAAAUUGCUUGUCGAUUACACAACUGGCCAUUGGAUAGGUCGACUCUUUACACAAAUGUCACAACAUUUACGGAUCCUGCAGAUGUGAUAUUGCGACCACCCCCAGGAAAUUGUUUUGUCCAUGGGUUAUAUUUAGAAGGCGCAAGUUGGGACGUGGAUAAAAGUUGCCUCAAGAAAUCUGCACCAAAAAUAUUGAUUGAACCACUGCCAAUUAUGAGCGUAAUUCCAAUCGAAGCGUACCGAUUGAAACUACAGGACACCCUACGGACGCCAGUGUACACGACUUCCCAAAGAAGAAACGCCAUGGGAGUUGGUCUCGUAUUCGAAGCAGACUUGAAAACUAAAGAACACAUCAGUCAUUGGGUUCUUCAGGGAGUUUGUUUAAUAUUAAAUACUGAUUAAUGUAGUUGUGUUAAAAUAUACGGUUAGGUU